UACGUUAAAUUUCUGAUUACGUUUCUGAUUAGACGCAAGCGAUACAUGCAAGUGUAUAUAUAAGGGUAAUACACUUCAUUGACGAUUAUUUAAUUUUUUUACAAGUAGUUGAAAUGAAAAUAUUACAGUCCCGUUUAAAGUAAAUGCUAAAUCUUAAAUAAGCUACAUCACAAAUAUUUUUUAAAUACUUUUUAAAUAAUAAAUUACUAAUUCUAUUAUUUCAUGGCGGUCGUAAAAAUCAAUAAUACGCAUCAUGAUGUCCGCCGUUUUUGUUUCAUACGUCGUUACGAAUUUGUUUACUGUCCUCAUCAAAUUAGAUCCUUUGAAUCUAAUUGUUAGAUUUACGAACGCUUAACACUAUACACAUACAUAUAUGCUCCCUUCAAAAUUAUUGGAAUCUAACAUGAUAAACCGAUUCAUGCAAAUAUCUUGAAACUGUAUAAAUAUCUAUCAAGAGUCUUUACUAAAUAGGAAGGUUUAAUAUAGAAAUGGACGGUCCUGGCUUAGGAUACUCGUAUCAUCUCCCUUCUGCAGGAUGGAAUUUUCGAGUUAGAAAUGUACUUUCACAGUUCAGUGAUCUCUUUAGUGAAUUUAAUAAAUACAUUGCACCUGCCUAUCAUCAUGAUCGAUGUGAAAGAUCAGUUCAAAUGCGACUAUAUUCUAUGCAUAAGAGAGAAUUUGUUAUGGUAUUUGCUGCUUUUUUUGCAUGUUUUGGAUUGGCUGUAUUUAUUGGACUUGCAGGCCCUCCUAUCACCUCCAUGAGCGAACAAAGAGCUCAUGUAAAUGGCAGUGAAGUUGCUACUGGUCCUUUUAUGAUGAAGACUCCACUAUUAUCUACGUACAGUCAACAGCUAUGGGUCAUCGCAAAGUUAUUAACAUCUAAUAAUGAUGAUGAAAGAUAUGACAAAAGUUUUCAAAUAAGCAUCUCCAUAGAUGGUAUCACAAUUGAUCAUAAACUCAUACCUGUUUUGUCCUCGGAAGCUGGCCAUAAUAGAACCAGACACUUAAAAUGUGAAAGACAAACGUGCGAAGAACUUGUAGUUGCUCAUCUAGGAUUUCUCGAUUACAGUUAUUACAUUAUUACUGUUCAUUUUCAUGGGCUCGAGAGCUUCCACCAACGUUAUAACAUACGCGAUCUCACAUUCUACUUCAAGAAUUACAAUCCAGCGUUUACGGAGUUCGAGAUUUGGUUUCGAUUUAUCUUUUUGUUAAUUGCAUUUGGAGUUAUGUGCUGGUUUGGACAUUCUCUACGAAAGUACCAAUUACACGAUUGGUCAAUAGAACAGAAAUGGAUUUCUAUACUCCUUCCUUUGUUAAUUUUGUAUAAUAAUCCAUUAUUUCCAAUGACGUUUUUAGUGAACUCUUGGGUACCUGGUAUGAUAGAUGCAAUUUUACAGACGACGUUCCUUUGUGCAGUCCUUAUGUUUUGGUUAUGUGUUUACCAUGGUUUAAGACAAAAUGAAAGGCGUCUUAUUACAUUUUAUUUACCAAAAGUUUUGGUAGUGGGUUUACUAUGGUGUUCCGCGUUUAUUUUAGCAACAUGGUUGCGCUGUACAGAAUUAGAAGAUCCCACUUAUAAUUAUGUUCUAGAUACAUCAAAUUAUUUUGGUUUCAAGGUGUUCUUCUUCACAGUAGGAGGGUUUUACAUAGCAUAUCUUCUUCUUUUAAUAUUGAGAGCGUACAGCGAAUUAAGAUCCAUGCCGUAUUUUGAUCUUCGUUUACGUUUCUUAACACUGCUUGCCGCUGUGGUUUCGUUGGUUUGUGGUUGUGUGACAGCACGACAAUUUGGAGCUGGUAUUUUCGAAGACAGCUUUGCCUCUCGUCUCACCACCUAUUAUCGUUCAUCCGCGCAAUUUAUGGCUUUAUACGGUCUUCUAAAUUUUUAUCUAUAUACGAUGGCUUAUGUAUAUGCACCGGCGUAUCAACAAGUAUAUGGUCAACAUUCUUCUAUAACUAAGGACAACCCCACGUUUUCUAUGAUCAACGAUUCCGACGAAGAAGUCAUAUAUGGAUCAGAUGAAGAAAGUCGACGACCUUUAACGUCACGAAUUGUGAAUAAUAAUAAUUAAUAAUUAAUCGAAUUAAAUUUAUUACUGUGAACGAGGAAGAAGCAUUUUUAAAGCAAAGGAUGCGGUAACGACAUAAUGUCAAAAAUAUCAAUCGUAAAUAUGUUGUAAAAUAAAAUACAUGGAAACGAAUAAUUUAUCCUAAGCGAAACUUAAUAACAUGUAAUUCGUUAUUUGCACGUAUUUGUGUACAUACAAGAUGUAUUAUACUUUCACUCAAUGCAUAAAAUUUUAGUUACAAGUUACUUGUUCCUUGACGUGUGAUAUUAUGUAUGUUUUUCUUAUUUUUGAUCGACUAAUAUAUCAAUAAGAUACCCUAACUGUAUUGUGUUAGAAUGUCUGACGAUAAAUAUAAUAGAGAUGUAAGUGCAUCGAGUGACAUGUGAAAACAAGCGUGAAAAAACGAUCAAGUAUAUUUCGUCUUCGUAAUGUUGGUCGUAUGCGAGAACAAAGGUUUUAUUGUAUUCACUAUUGCUCGCUAAUACUAAUGUAUAAUGUAUGUAAUUACUCUUGAAUAACAUAAAUUGAGAACA